AGGACUCUGUGUUACACCCCGCCGUGCCCUACCUAGAUCUGAGAGGAGCGUUCAUACAGAGCAUGAUUCCACGUCGGCACCUGACCCUUGAGAAACAUGACGAGACACUGGUAACGAUCACCCACCAGUGCGAAGAUUAUGAAAGGUGUGAGAGCAUGGAGCUUGAUGACAAAAUCCGGGAUCUGAUAGCAGGUAGCCCAGAGGCCACAGCCUGCCACAGGAAUGUCCAUUCUCCAAAGGACAUGGCUGGACUGAGUGCGACUGGAACUUACAUGGAGAACAAUGAGUGUGUUCCACCAAGAAGAAAGGAUUUGACAAAUUCUCUUGAACUAAAGAUAAAGCACUUAGAAAAACAGAGACAAGAGCUCCUGGAGGUCAAUCAACAGUGGGACCAGCAAUUCCGAAAUAUGAAAGAGUUAUAUGAAAGAAAGGUCCUGGAGCUGAAAAAUAAACUGGCGGCCACAGAAAAUACUCACCCCCUAGAGAAGGAACAGAAACAAAGUGUAACAGAGGGCGACAGGCAGGAGCUCGAGAAGGAGAAGGACAGCCUAAGGAAAGAAUUACAAGCACUGAAGAAGGAGAAUAAGCUGUUGAAGGAAAACAACGCUCUGGCCAAUAGGAAGAAAGAGCAUUAUGUCUGUGAAAUCAAACGCCUCAACAAGGUUCUUCAGGAAGCCUUGACAAUUGGGAGCUGUUCGCUUGCCGAGGACUCAGGGAAGGAUAAAGGCAGGUGCAGCCACGCCAGGAGAACAGAGUCAGAACGUCACAAUCAGCAGCCAUCCUAUCAGUGGAAUGCUCUAAACCAGCUUCCUCCACAUGUUCACCACAAGGCACAUGGUUUCUCCUCAGAAAGGAACUUCAACCUGUAGAAUUACGUUAGCAGAGAAGGUCAGAGGGCCAUGAGCUCUCUGACUGCUUUGCUUCUUCAGGACAGCUGUGGACGUUCUCCUUUGAGAUCUGCUCCCAGUUACCUUCUCUGCGGUCCUCAUAGGGGGAACCUCAUAGUGACCCCAGUCAGAACCACUGGGACACAGUAGAACAGGACCACUGGGACACUGUAGAACUCUACGGACAAAUCGAGGUUCUCUCCUCAAAGGACUCAGGGCAGCUGAUUACACGCUCCUCCUCACAGCUUUCGCCAACUAACUACUGAUGGGUUUUUGGAAGAUGCCUCCAGGAUUUUCGUGACUCCAGCUCUGGUGCUGUGACAUUAUAUACUCUUUAGAAUGUACGGAUCUUAAGCCAAUCACAUCUUAUAAUUCCAUAGAAAGUUGCUGCAGGAGGAUUGCAAUGAUUUCAAGGCCAGCCUGAGUCACAACAAAACGCCACCCAAGCCAAUUCUGCAUAUCAAAAAAAAAUUAAUAAUACACCAUGUAGUCGCUGGGAGAAAACGUUUUCCAUGAUGGCUAAGUUGUUUCUUAAGUGGUUUGACAGUUGGACUAAGUGAUAUGUUCAUUAUUACUGAACUUGAAACUACAUGAAUUUUAAUAGACAAUGAAAAGCCCUACAGACUCCCCUGACUGAAAGAGUGAGUCAAACGAAAUAAAAUGACAAACAUGGAACUGUUCUUCCAGUGAACCAUUUUUAUGAUUGUCAGAAGUUAUGAGCCUCUUUCUUCUUUAGGUAACAUGCAUUAUGAAAGGGUACUGUCCUGACAGGAUGGGGACAGUUACCUUCUAUCUAUAUGUAGGCAGCAAGGAUUUCCAAAUACAGGCAUUGCCGUUCUGUCUCUUUGCCAGCUUAUGAAUUUGAGCAAUGGUUGAAGAAACUCGACUAUGACUUUUGAACUAAUUAACUUAAAAAUAACACAUAUGCACAUUUUAUUGCAGUUGAAUUACAAAGUGACCUAGCAGAUUUCUUAAAAAGUCAGCAGUUUUAAAAACAUUAAGUGCAUCUUCUUCUCUAAGAUUUUGCUAGUGUCAACUCAAGUUCCUGUUUGUAAGAAUGAAUGUUCAUGACAAGAGUGUGAGAACUGCAAAUAUCUAACACUUCUAGAUGAACUUAAAUAGAACCAGGAACAUCCAGGGCAUGUGCAAAGAAAACUACCGGAUCUAUCUAGCUUCGCUUCCAAAAUUAUGCAGCUUGUCUAACUCGAACUAUUUUUGUUUUAAUUUGUGGGUACACGCUGCAUAAUGAGAAGGUAAAAAUGUGCCAGGAAACUGAGCAUUUCCCCUUUGGUCUUUAUCUAUGCUGUAACUUAACCCUUAAGAGAAGCAGAAUGACCCUGUCACAUUAGCUCUCAAGACCUUUGUUUAUGCAGCUAUUCAUCAGAAAGAUAAGCCAUUCUUGGGUAUCAUUUCAAGUCAGAAAAACAACUGUCAGCUCUAUAAAGACAUUCUGCAUAUUGGAUGUUUCCAUUUCUUCAGAUUGUUAACAAAAUCAUUGUAAUGUCUGUUACUCCUGCUGAAUUAAGUUUAUGAAAGAAGAUGUGCUUAUAGAAUUUUUUUAAAUGUACACACAGAUAAACACUCUUCACAUGUCAGUAACUAAUGUCUGCAGCAAAAAUACAUGGUUUAACUAUUCAAUCUGACCCUAUACUAUUAACGAGGUACCAAACACUGGCAAGAAUGCAUAAAUGUUAACCUACGUGGAGAAUAGUCUGUUGAUAAGAACUAAUUUCAUUUUUCA